AUCGCCACAUAUAUAAAAGUAAAAGCCUUUCCUCUCUUUCAGUUUCGACAUUCCCCAGAAUCUCUCCCCUUUUUGUCUCCAACCAAAAACCUUAAUCACCUUUCUUCGUCGUGAAACAGAGCAUAACAGAGCAAAACAGAGACGUUCGACUCUGACUUAAUCCACCCCUAAAUCCUCUGUUUCUAUUCCAAAUUGUGUUUCAAUCAAGGAUCAAUGGAAACCGGUGGAGCGAUUCCGGGUCAGGACACCGGAUCCGGGUUUCAAAAACCCGUUAACCCAGAUGGGUUUGUGACGAUCGAUGUUGAAAGUUUCUCUUCUCCUCUGUUCCACAAAGACUUAUCUUCUUCCAGUCCUAGAAUUACUCUGCAGAGAAGUGUUUCGAGGAAAGGGUCUCCAAGAAGCAACAACGAGAGGAAACUCCAUUGUGACGCAAAUGGUAAUGACAAGGAGACCUCAUUUCCUCAGUCCCCACUUAGAGGGUCUAGCACGCCGGAAAAGCCUAGCACCUUGGGGUCCAUUGAUCAUGCAGGCACGACCUCAACCACAGCCACCGCUGUUUCAGCCUCGCCGCUUCAUCAGAUCACCGUUACUACGGCUGCGCCCGCCACCAUCUCCGACCAAAGUAGAGAAAGAAGAUUCGGAUUUUCGAGGAAAUCGAGUUUUAAACGCUCUCACACUUCUUGGAUGCUUGAUCCGAAGAAGAUCGUCCUCUUCUUUGCAACUUUGUCAAGCAUGGGAUCAAUCUUGUUAAUCAUAUUUACUCUCUCGAUCAGCAAGUCUAAUUCCGGAGAUAUGCCUCUAGACUAAUAGUAAAAAUACAAGAAGAGCAAUAUAUAUGGACCGACCUAAGUUUGUGGCUAUAGAACAUGCACAAUCUCACCGACCUACAUUUGAGGAGAUGAAUCAGAAGAACAUUACAAAUUUGAAGAGCGUAAGGUUGUGAUAAUAAUUAUUUUGUAUAUUUCAAAAAAAACAAAAAAUGAAAAAGAAAACAGUAAGAGAGAAAAAGUGGGAAGUGGGCACACACGAGAUCAUAUGAAGAUUGGAAAAGAAAGCUUUAAGACAAGAGUUUAUGACUAUUGUGACAAA